UCUCCCUCAGCCCCUCACCUCCUCCUCCUCCUCCUCUGGACCCCUCAGUCAGUCUUUGUGGAGAGAUGCCGGCCGAGGACAAGCGAUGGGAGACCCUGGAGGCGCUGAGGAACUCGAGCAAAGGGCGACUGCAGUACGACAGGAAGUGGCUGGAAGAAGGAAACGAUGUACUGGAACAAUGCAGAUCCUCACCCAAACUCUCCAUGGCCUCAGCAUGGGUCCUCGAUCACUUCCCUCUACAGGGCUCCACCUCUUCAGACAGUUCAACACCUCUGAUCUAUGGCCUCGCUCCUGAUGAUAAGCUGCCAGAGGCACAGAUUCCUUCUCCUGUCCCCAGCACAGAAGAGGAAGUUGAUGUUGAGGCAAAGGAAGCGAUACAGGAGUUAAAUCCAGAACCUGCCCUCAUGCUGUCUUCACCCAAAGCCACUAAGAUCGAAGGUUAUGUUAAAAUUUACGAGGAGGUCCACAGAAUCCGGGGAAAGGCUGAGCUGAAGCAUCGGCAGGAAUUGCAGCAGGAAACCGUCCAGGGAUUCUCCAACAUAGCAGCUGAACAGAAGAAACGAUUCGAAGAAUCGCUAGAACUCAGACGACGGCAAGAGUUUGAGGCAAUGCGGGACAUGAUGGAGAAGGGGUCCCUUGAAGCUCAAGGGCGUCAGGAAAAGCUAAAGGAAGAACAUAGACGCAGGGCUAAGAAUCUGAACCUGAAACUCCGGGAAGCUGAGCAGCAGCGGCAGCGACAGGAGGAGCUGGAACGUCAGAGGCAGGCAGAGGGCCGUGAGCGACUCCGACGUCUCAACGCCAUCCAAGAGGAGGUGCUGCAGCUCAACAUGCAGAUCGAACCGAACUCCAAACACAAAGAACUGGUGGGGUUGGAUCUGUCUGUGUACACUAACCGUGGCAAUCAGCUUUGCAGUCUUGUGUCAGGAAUUAUUAAACCAACAUCAGAGGGUGGAUUGCCAGUUCAGGAGGACAUGCUGAACGCAGAGCGAGCCCUGCAGCAAAUGCGAGAUCUGAUUGCCGCGAUGCUUCACCAAAUUGCUGCCGCCUUAGCGGAAAAGAAAAGGCUAAAGGAAGAAGAGGAGAAAGCGCUUCAGAAAAAACAGGAAGUCCAAAAGGAAAUUCCAGCACCAGCUCCUCAACAGAAGACCGGUGGUCGUAAAGAAGGGCUACAAAUGAGGGCAGAUGUCGGCACUUUACAGUGGUAUCAGCAAUUGCAGGAUAUAUGUGACCAAUGUGCAGCAUCGAUUGAUGAUUUCAACAGCAGCAAGGACAUUAGGGUCAAAAAAAUCAAGAUGGAACUUCAGAAAACUGCAACAAUUCCUGUUGGCCAGAUCUCCUCCAUUUCAGGGUAUCACCUCCGUGAAAUCUUCGAUAAAAUUAAUAACCUGCUCUUAGGCAAGCAAACCCUAUCUGGUGGGAAGAUGGUCUCAGUCACACAGCACCCACAAGGCCUGGACUUUGUCUGCUACAAAUUGGCAGAAAAAUUUGUGAAACAAGGGGAGGAGGAGGUAGCGUCUCACUACGAGGCUGCCUUUCCCAUAGCGGUCGUGGCUUCUGGGAUCUGGGAGUUGCAUCCAAAGUUUGGCGACCUUUUCUUGGCUCACUUGCACCGAAAAUGCCCUUAUGCGGUUCCAUUUUUCCCUGGGUGGAAGGAGGGAUUACCAAAAGAAGAGUAUCAGAGGUUACUGGGCUAUCGAGUCCUGGAUAACGGUGUUGAGCAACAGGACAACUUUUUGAAACGGAUGUCAGGGAUGGUCCGCCUGUAUGCCGCCAUCAUACAGAUGAGGUGGCCUUAUGGAUCAAAACAAGGGGUGCAUCCUCAUGGACUGAAUCAUGGUUGGCGCUGGCUGGCUCAGAUGUUAAACAUGGAACCAUUGGCUGACAUUACAGCAACCCUACUCUUUGACUUCUUAGAGGUCUGUGGCUAUGCCUUGAUGAAACAAUAUCAGAUGCAGUUCUGGAAGAAAAUUCACCUGAUCAAGGAUCAUUACUUCUCUAGGAUUGAAUCCGUUACAGGGUCUGGACAGAUUGGAGCUGUAAUCAGGUUGCGCCAGUUCCUGGAGAAGUGCCUGGAUCGCCGAGAAAUUCCUUUACCAAAGGGUUACUUGCAGCCCUCGUUCUGGAGAACAUGAGCAAACGAACGCAUUAGAUUGAACAGGGCUAGGAAAUGGGAGCUGCUGCUUCAUUUCCUAUUGACAUUAAGAAUAAUGUUUUAAGUGUUGGGAACGUUGGAUUCAUGGAAGACGUCGAAGGCUUGUUUGUUUUUAGCUGUGGUGAUUGCCAAUUUUAAGCUUCAUGCUGUUCCAGUCUUUUUUUGUCUUAAGGUUCAGCACUGGCUGUGUCAGCACGUUAUUUUAAAUGGUAAGAGCCCGAAGAUGAACCUCAUCUAUUUAUUGUAAACUGGGUCAAUUUUGCUGUAUAUCUAUUUUUGUGCAAAUCAGUUUGUAAACUCUAAUGUAACCGCAUUUAAAUAUUGGGCUGGGAAAGAGGCCAGAUGCUGUACUGGCCAGAACUUAGUCUUUAGAUUUGCCUCAAUACAAAAGGUGCACAGCGUAAAAUGAAUGCACUCAGAAAAACAUAUAUAAAUUAUUGUAGCCCAGUAUUGCUUAUGCUGUACCAGGCUAUCUCUUAUUUCUUACGCAAAAGUAAACCAAUUAACUGUAUUUUUUUAAGGACGUUUUGAACAAAGAUUGUGCAGGUUAUAUGGAACUGAUCAUGUGAAAGUGUGCGAUAUCCAUGGACUCAUUAUGUGACGGUGUCUCCAUAUGACACUGGUAAUUGGGAUCCCCAUUUUACAUUCAGUACUGAGAGCUAUAGGUGGCUAUUUGUUUUUCCGAGGCGUUUUUUGAAAUUAAACGUGCACUUUGUGUGACUUUGUACCCUGAGUUCGACACAGGUGUAAAAACAAAUGCUGUACUCAUGACUGGAAUAUGUGUUAUUGUCAUUUUAAAGUUGUCAAAAGCCAUCAAAUGAAUUUGCUGCAGUAUUUGAUGUGCUUUGAGUUGUCUAUUGGUGGGGGGGUGGAAGGAGAUGUUAAUUGAACAAUAAGAAUAAGGUGCUGGAACACAAGCAUUUGUAAGGGAAAGGUAAGUUAACGUGUCGGGUGUGACCUUAAAAGCUAACCUAAUUUAUGAAAUGUUCAAUUCUCAACUAGUUGUAAUCUCACUUGGCCGACAAAGGAAUGUAGCAUUUAAUAGUGGAAUUUAUUAACUUUCUCUGAAGAAGGAAAUCUAGGGCGCAUGUUUCCUCAUCUGUGAAGUUUAAGCCUGGUGGUGUGCGCGAAUAAUGGGAUUUCCCCAUGAUAAGUGCAUGCUAGCAAGAUUUAUACAUCAGGGUAGCUUCAACCCCUAGUGUAUUGUACCUACUUUCCUUAAUGACCUUUAAUUUUGUACCUGUUACUGCAUAUUGGUCUGUUUUGUUUAUAUAUGUGUGUGUUUUAUAUAUUGUAUAAGGUUUAUAUAUUAUAUAUAUAAAAUACAUAUAUCAUUGCAGUUUGUUAACUUUGCAGUGAUGGGUAAGGAACUUGACUUUCAGAAAAUAGAAGUUUGGGGUCAAUAUUUUUUAUGGUGUGGCCCUGGCUCAUACAUACGUAUGGUCUCUAGUUUAAGCCCUGAUUGAAUUUGCUUUUCUCAGCUGAAACACCAGAGGGGGCACUGCCAUUGGGUCUCAAGUGCUCUUGGGGUGCAAGAGAGGAAAAGUAUGUUUGUUACCUGUUGCUAAUCACUGUCUGGUGACCCGUGCUAGAAAGUGUGUGGAUGCAGGGUGAGAGCAGGAUCGAGCUAGUUCUGCAUGGAUAUACACACACACAGAUUGACUUGCCUGCUAAUACUCACUCAAGGUUCACACAUGAAGAACACCCACUUGGGGGAAAGCAUACGAGCGGUGCUGGCCCUCUGAAUUAUCCCCAGGGUGAAUGGAUAUCAUAAGAAAAUAUUAAGGAAACGUGGAUUUAACCUAUUUAUCAAUGCAGCAUCAGGUAAUGGAGAUGCAAUGUGGACCCCACAGAAAUAGCCAGAGAACAGCUGAGUUAUUUGAUUCCUUUAACAGUUGUUUUUACUUGGCUGAUUAUGUGUUUAAAGUAAUCUGUUAAAUUGAAUAAAAUGUGUACAAAGUA